AUGCACGGAGAGGCUCCCACUGCCACUGAAAGUGCCGUGCUGCGGCCGCCACGCGCCGUGCGGCGGCACCCGCGAGUCGACGUGGUGGAGUUGGAUGCACCAUCCGCGUACUGCCCAUCUACCGUCGCCACUGACUCUCGCGCAUCGACGCCACGCAGUCUCGCGCAGAUGCGACAGAAGCCGACAAAAGAGGCUACCCACGGCAAGUUCAGGCCACUCACCGCCACCAGCUGNCAGUCUCGCGCAGAUGCGACAGAAGCCGACAAAAGAGGCUACCCACGGCAAGUUCAGGCCACUCACCGCCACCAGCUGGGUCACCACCACCACCUCGACAACCGUCUGCCUCCCCACCGCCACCAUCUGCGCGCGAACGGUACCGGUGUCGCCGCUUGCUAUCAACGGACCCGGCUCACAGGGAUCCAGCAGCACCGACCCGACGGCGCUCUCAAUGGGUAA